CCAAAUUAUAAACUUUCAACUUUUCUCACCAAUCCUACCAUUUUGUCAAACGCUGUGAGAUGUUCCGUUUUGUCUUCAAAGCCUUGAUCUUUCACCAACUUUGAUCACUUUCAUAUAUAUUCCUCUUUUCCACGCCUCUCUGACAAACCAAAUCGAUCUCCCACCCCGUCCUUCAUCUCUCUUCCACUUUCUUCACUUCACAAAAAUGAACCAUCUUAUUCCUAAUCAUAUUGCCUAUGAUUUGGUCAUGCUUGGUCUAUCAAUAUCCCUCCUCGUCCUCGCCAUAAUCCUCUUCCUCUACUGCAAAAAGAAACCAGUAGAAUCCGAAGAAGCACUCCCUGUAAAAAUCUGUGCUCGUUCAUACCCAUUAACGGACAUCGACGCCGCCACCGACAGCUUCAGCCACCGGAGAAUUGUCGGCAAGGGUCGACUUGGAACUGUAUACGCAGGAUUACUCGACAAAGAAAAUCUCGUAGCCGUCAAAAGGAUUCACCCUUCGCUUGUUCUGAGCAACGCAGGGCUUGGAUUCUCCUCUGUGAUGAAAUGGCUCUCAUCAGCUCAACACCCCAACAUAGUUCCCAUCACUGGGUUCUCAGAAGCGGCCGGCGAGAGAAUCAUAGUGUCAGAGUUCGUGAGAAUGGUAAGCUUGGACUUCUAUCUGCAUCAAAACCCAAGUGGGGCUUCACUUUUGGAUUGGACAAAGAGGUUGAGAAUCGCAGCAGGAGCAGCAAGAGGGCUUCAGUAUCUGCACGAAGUUGUGGCACCAACCAUAGUUCAUGGGUGUGUCAAGUCCUCGAACAUCCUCAUCGACGUGAACUUCUGUGCAAGAAUUUCAGACUAUGGACUAAACUUCCUUGCACCGAAUAAAGAGAAGAGAGGGAUAGUGGGGUAUGUGGAUGAAGAGUAUUGGGAUCAAAAACUUGGCGGGGCUUGUAAGGAAAGUGAUGUGUAUGGAUUAGGAGUGGUUUUGUUGGAGGUUUUGAGUGGAAGGAGCUGUGAAGAAGGGUUGCUUGUGAAAUGGGCUGUGCCAUUGAUAAAAGCAAUGAGAUAUGGUGAAGUGUUGGACCCAAGAUUGGUGAUUCCCUCAGACUUGAAGCCUCUUGUGAGAUUAGCCAAAGUUGCUUUGGCUUGCGUUGGCAAUACUAGGAAAUGUAGGCCUUCCAUUGCUCAUGUAGCAACUAUUUUAAACAAUUUACAGAUUGAGGUGUGCAUGUGAUUUGAUGUAAAUUAUCCUCAAAAUUUAUGUAAUUUCAUUAAAAAAAUUUCAUCAUAUCUUAUGUAUAAAAAUAGGCUGAUCAAAUUUAUACAUAUGUAGUAUGAUUGUGAAAGGGAAAA